UGUUCCGGGAGUUUUGCUUCUCGGUGGGAAGCCGAUUCUGGGGACCGGUAGUGGAAGCUCUGGGGCUUGUUUCCGGCCACCUCAGCAGGAAGCGGAGACGCCAGCAGCUGGAUCUCUGGGAACUAAGGUAGAGACCUAACUGUUGGAGCGGCGGCGGAAAUCGAGAGACGCCAGCAGCCCUGCGGCCCGGUCUUGGGUCCCCGUAACCCGUGAAGAUGUUGUUACUCACGAUGAUCGCCCGAGUGGCGGACGGGCUCCCGCUGGCCGCCUCGAUACAGGAGGACGAACAGGCUUUCCGGGACCUUCAAAAAUACCAGAGUCAGGCUAAGCAGCUCUUUCGAAAGUUGAAUGAACAGUCCCCUACCAGAUGUACCUUGGAAGCUGACACCAUGAGUUUUCACUACAUUAUUGAGCAAGGGGUGUGUUACUUGGUUUUGUGUGAAGCUACCUUCCCUAAGAAGUUGGCUUUUGCCUACCUGGAAGAUUUGCACUCCGAGUUCGAUGAGCAGUACGGAAAGAAGGUGCCCACUGUGUCUAGACCCUAUUGCUUUAUUGAGUUUGAGACCUACAUUCAGAAAACCAAGAAGCUCUACACUGACAGCCGUGCUCGGAGAAACCUCGGCUCCAUCAACACUGAGUUGCAAGAUGUGCAGAGGCUCAUGGUGGCCAAUAUCGAAGAAGUGUUACAGCGAGGAGAAGCACUUUCAGCAUUGGAUUCAAAGGCUAACAACUUGUCUAGUCUGUCCAAGAAAUACCGCCAGGAUGCGAAGUACUUGAACAUGCGGUCCACUUACGCCAAACUUGCAGCAGUAGCUGUGUUUUUCAUCAUGUUAAUAGUGUAUGUGCGAUUCUGGUGGCUGUGAAGUAGUGGAUCCCGUCACUGGCAAGGGAUAACCUAGAACCCGGCAGGUGUGUGUUUUCAGGAAGCUGAGCUCACAGAGAUGUUAGAAUCCAAGUGGAACUUCUGCCUCUUAAGGACCUUGCAAGAAAAGACAAAUCCUGAAAAUGAAAGGUUACACCUCUAAUGAAGCUUAACCCUGUGUAGAAAGUCUCUCUUGGGGGCAGAGACUUUCUCUGGGUGCUAAGCCAUAUAUGUUAGGUAACAGUAGAUUGUUUUAUUUUGUUUUAUUUUUUCCCCCUCCCAGUGUUUUACAUUUUUAAAACAGCACUGACUGGGGCAUUCUCAUUCUCUAAUGGAGCCAUCAGUGAGACUUAACGCAACCAACCUGUCUAGCAACAGCCUGAAAUUCCUUCAGAGAAGGCAGCCCUUUGGGAAGUUUGUGACUGUCUAAGCAACAUUCCUUUUGUUGGUGACAUUUGUGAUUUUCAGUGAUCUGAGUUUUCGAUGGCCUUUUAAAUAAGACUCCAGUAUGUGAAGGUUAAUUGCUGUUCUGCAAAGGUUUUUUCUGUUGGCCCCUGUAGGAAGUUAACCUUUGUCAUUUCCCUUUUAUAUUUUGCUUAUUGCACAUUUGCUUUAGGGUUAAACGAAUUAUAUUGAGAUGCCUUGAAAUUUUAUUGUAGCACUCCUUGAUUAAGCAGCUAAAAUGUUUUCUGUCAUUUGUUCCUUAAAAGACUUAAAUUAGUUUAACACAUUUUUAAUUUUAUUUUUCAGCAUCUGGUUUAUAUUAAUAUAAGAGUGAGGAUAGUAUACAUAUAGCCAGAGGCCCCCAACUUAGCGAGAAGAAAGUCCCAGCUCAUAACUAUGGCUUUGUCCUGCCCCUUUCUCACUUUCUCCACUGGAGUUUUCCCCACUCUCUUUUCCUCUUGCCACAGUUUGCUGACAUUUUAAAAAUUCUUCUGUGCCCAGUAGUUUCGUGUCCCAUAAGCAUCCUCUCUGGACAAUCUCUAAUUUCAGAAUGGAGACUGUUCAGCUGCGUAGUUAUUUACGCUUCAGGUUUUGCAGAGUUACUCCUCAACUACUGAGUCCAUUUACCUGAGAAGGUCUCGGAGGGCGCCUCACACCUGCUUCGGGUUACCUAAUUCCUCCAAGAAUGGUCAGAGCCAGGCAGCCCGUUCAUGGCGGCUUCUGUUGACAAGUGAAAACGCCUGUGAUUCCCCCUCUUUGCUCAGGGAUGCGGGGGUUUUCUUUCACCUUCUGAGGUGAAUUUUUUAAAUGGGAAAAAUGGGCCCUUUAAAUAUUGUCACAAGGGCCUGCCGUACAGCCUAUAACUCCUACAAGUACUGCAAAUACUUCUUUAAGUUGUAUAGGGAAAUGAGCCAGCUUCUUACUCCUUAACAUCUUUGAGAAGAACUUUAAACAGUGAGCAAUUUUAUAACUCUGUGGGGUCGUCAGAGCUACUGUCCUGAUUCCUGAUAGAGAAGAGAAAUUCUGUUUCCUUAGAACAAGGCAAAGGGAAAUGCUUAUUUUAUUCCUGAUAAUUUACAGAACUAGAAUACUUUUUUUCUUUCCAUUUUGGACCUAAACCUGCCAAUUGGCAUUUUGUGCAUGGAAUAUGAAGCUACUUUUUAUAGAGAUUAAGUGCUUUUAAGUCCCGAAAGGGUUGUCCCUAGGGAAUGACAUCGGUAACAAAAGCCCUUGAAAGGCUGAAAGCUCAGUGGUGGCACCGUAGCAUUUGGUGCUUCUGUAGGAGUGGGGAGUGGCCGCUCGUCGUUGAGAGCCACACGCUGUAACCAAGUGGUCAACAGUGAAAUAAAUACUUCUAGAAUGUUC